GGAUUGCUUUGCGAAAUUUAGGGCUUCGGGCCAUUCUUCAGGCCUCUCUCUCUCUCUUUCUCUCUCGAUCGCUCUUCAUCCCUAAAUUAUCUAUAAAUCGAGGAAAAAAUCUGGGAAAUAAUCCAAGAAAAGGUCCGUUUUUGCACUAAAUCCUUCUCCGUUUCUUAAUCUUCGCAAUGACACACGGAUAUGUUGUCAAACUUGUGUUGAACUUAAUCGGUUGAGGGAGUAUUGUUAUAGGCAAGGGGAAUGAAAUAGUUUCUUUCUUGAUACAAAGUAGGCUGCAAUGUAUGCGAAGAGAUUGAAGAUAAAAAGACAGAACCUUGAUUUGCUAUUUCAGAGGUCCUAUAGUUUUUAUGGGGAAGCAAACCGAGGUGUUUCCCGAGCUGCUUCCUGUGGCAACACCAUAUAUAGAAAUCAUGCCUCAAGCAAGAAUUGUACUAGGAAUUUCAACUUAUUUUCAGUUUCUUUGCCAAUCAGAAAUUAUAUAGGCAGCUGUAGAAGGCAUCAGGUCACUUUUUCAUAUGGGUCGCUCAGACUUUAUAGCUCAGAUGGCGAUGGACGGAAUGCCAGUGAGGAUAAACAUGUACCUGUGAAAGGCCCCACAGAUUUUGAGAAGGGGAAGGGUAUACGGGGGGAGGUGUUAGUUGAGUCAAAGCGCUCAGAUGAGCAUGCUAGACUUGGCAAACAAGAUCAGCAAGAUUGGCUUGAAUGUGAGAAAUUAUUCAUUGAUAACAGGAAGAAGGAAUCUCCAUUUUUGACCAAGCGUGAUAGGUUUAAAAGUGAGUUCCUGCGGAGGGUUAUCCCCUGGGAGAAGAUUACAGUCUCAUGGGAAACAUUUCCAUACUUCAUACAUGAUCACACAAAAAAGCUAUUGGUUGAGUGUGCUGCUUCCCAUCUGAAGCACAAAAGUUUUACUUCAUCUUAUGGUGCUCGUUUGCCUUCCUCCAGUGGCAGGAUAUUGCUUCAGAGCAUCCCAGGAACUGAGCUUUACCGAGAAAGGUUGGUUAGAGCCCUUGCUCGGGGUUUGCAGGUUCCCUUACUUGUUCUUGACAGCACAGCUCUGGCUCCAUAUGACUUCAGUCAAGAAUGGGAGGCAGAAAGUGAAACAGAAGAUGAAAAUGAGGACUCAGGAGAAGAAUCCACUUCAGAGUUGGAGGCUGAAGAUGAGAAUGAAGCAAGCAAUGAAGAGGAAUGGGGGAGUAGCAAUGAGGCAAAAUCUGAGGAGAGUGAUGAUUCUGAUCAUGUUGAUGUACAAGCUGCUGCUGAAACCCUCAAAAAACUUGGUGUAACUAGCCUUGAGGAAUUUGCAAAGAGAGUUUCCGGAGAAGUCGAUGGUACAUCAGCUUCAGGGCAGUCAGAAUCUGUUGAAACUUCCAAUCAGUCCAAGAGGCCUCUUAGAAAAGGGGAUCGAGUAAAAUAUGUUGGGGCUUCUGUGCAUAUUGAAGUCGACAACAGGAUCAUAUUGGGGAAAAUACCAACGUCUGAUGGCUCAACCAAUGCCUAUACGUUUAUUAGUGGCAGGCCUCUGUCAAAUGGACAGCGGGGAGAAGUAUACGAAGUUAAUGGGGAUCAAGUAGCUGUUAUACUUGACAAUAGUGGGAAUAAGCCAGAGGAGGGCAGUGAGAAUGAGAAAAGCAAGGAGCAUUGUUCAAAAUCACCUAUUUAUUGGAUUGACAUUCAGGACAUCGUCCAUGAUCUUGAUACUCAAGCUGAAGAUUGGCACAUGGCAAUGGAAGCCUUGUGCGAGGUUUUGCCAUCUUUGCAACCUAUAAUUGUCUACUUUCCAGACUCCUCUCAAUGGCUUUCAAGGGCAGUUCCCAAAGUGAAACGUAAAGAGUUCUUACAUAAGGUUGAAGAAAUGUUUGACCAACUUUCGGGUCCUGUUGUAUUGAUAUGUGGACAAAAUAAACUUGAGACUGGGUCCAAGGAGAAGGAAAAAUUUACAAUGGUGCUCCCCAAUCUAGGCCGUCUUGCUCGUCUGCCUGUACCAUUGAAACGGUUAACAGAGGGAUUAAGGUCAAAUAAAUCCUCAAAAGACAAUGAAAUAUAUAGACUUUUCACCAACACUAUUUGCAUUCAUCCUCCAAAGGAAGAAGAGAUAUUCAGAACAUAUAACAAGCAGCUUGAAGAGGACAGAAGGAUUAUCAUAUCAAGAAGUAACGUUGUUGAGCUGCAUAAGGUGUUGGAAGAACAUGAUCUGUCCUGUGCAGAGCUCUUGCAUGUUGACACGGAUGGUGUAAUCUUGACAAAGCAAAAAGCUGAGAGGGUGGUUGGAUGGGCUAGGAAUCAUUACCUGUCGUCAUGCGUUCUUCCUUCUGUUAAGGGUGAUAGGUUAAUGGUUCCUCGGGAAAGCAUGGAGAUUGCUAUAUCACGGUUAAAGGAACAGGAGUCAGUUUCCAGAAAGCCUUCACAAAGCCUGAAGAGUCUUGCCAAAGAUGAGUAUGAGAGCAAUUUCAUUUCUGCAGUGGUUUCCCCCGAUGAAAUAGGUGUGAAAUUUGAUGACAUUGGCGCUCUUGAGGAUGUGAAAACAACCUUGAGUGAACUUGUAACACUGCCAAUGAGGAGACCUGAGCUCUUUUCUCAUGGAAAUUUGCUACGUCCUUGCAAAGGGAUACUGCUUUUUGGUCCCCCUGGUACCGGGAAAACUCUCCUUGCAAAAGCACUUGCCACUGAAGCUGGUGCGAAUUUUAUCAGCAUAACAGGAUCUGCUCUUACAUCAAAGUGGUUUGGAGAUGCUGAGAAGCUCACCAAAGCCCUUUUCUCUUUCGCAAGCCGGCUAUCCCCUGUAAUCAUAUUUGUUGAUGAGGUUGAUAGUCUGCUUGGGGCAAGAGGUGGUUCAUUUGAGCAUGAAGCAACAAGGAGAAUGCGAAAUGAAUUUAUGGCUGCUUGGGAUGGGUUGAGAUCAAAGGAUAACCAGAGGAUCCUUAUUCUUGGGGCCACCAAUCGACCAUUUGACCUUGAUGAUGCCGUCAUACGUAGAUUACCAAGAAGAAUUUAUGUGGAUCUCCCUGAUGCGGAAAAUCGGAUGAAAAUUUUGAAGAUUUUCUUAUCUAAAGAAAGCAUGGAUUCCAAUUUCAAACUCGAGGAACUUGCCUAUGCAACAGAAGGGUAUUCUGGAAGUGAUCUGAAGAACCUAUGUAUUGCUGCAGCAUAUAGGCCUGUUCAAGAACUUCUUGAAGAAGAAAAGAAGCAAGGUAAAACUAGUACAACUCCGCCAUCAUUAAGACCGCUUAAUCUGGAUGAUUUCAUCCAAGCAAAAUCAAAGGUCGGUGCAUCGGUUGCCUAUGAUGCUACUAGCAUGAAUGAGCUUAGAAAAUGGAAUGAGCAGUACGGAGAAGGCGGAAGCCGACAAAAAUCACCAUUUGGAUUUGGAAACUAACAUAAUUAGAUGAUGGAUCUCUUUAGUGCCGAGCUGGUUUUAGGGAAAAGGGCAUAUGGCUAGUAAAAUCAUUGUAAGGUUUCCUUAGACCCUCUCUUUAUAAAGUUUUGCUGAGCCACUCAUCUUGUACUACUUCAGUCAUUGUUGUUUGGGUCUUUUUUUCUUGAUUUCUUUUUUCGUUUUCUUUUUUAAUGUUUACAAUACUUAGUUCUAAUUUAUAUUUAUUAUAAAUUCUUCA